AUGGAUGGAGGUGCAGAUGGAUGGAUACUGGGACACUUCUUCACCUUCUCCCCACUGAUGAGCUCGUUUGGAAACGGACACAUUCUGAAACAUCACAGCCCGGAAAAUUGGGCCGACCUCAGUCAUUUCUGUGACAUCGACAUCGUCACCGGCGACGCUACGGCUGACCCUCGCCUGCUCGACUUUACCUUCGUCAACUUCUCCUCUCCACACGCCAUCAAGUCCAUCGUAAACAACGGCCACGCAGUGAAAUGCGUGUUGGAGGCCGAUGAAGUCGAAGUGAGUGAAGGGGGACUUAACGGAACGUAUGCUGCACUUGAGCUUCACUUUAAGUGGGGCGAUGCCAAUCAUCCAGGGUCAGAGCACACGGUUGAUGGGCACAGAUAUCCCAUGGAGAUGCACGUGGUCAGCGUGAAGAAAGGCUUCUCCAUGGAGAGCGCCAAGAACGAUUCGGAGGGAAUUGCUGUCCUGGCGUUUUUCAUAAACGGCAGAGACGACGAGGCGACGUCGGGACCGUGGAGCGAGCUCACAUCCUACCUGACAAACGCCAUCGACACAGUGGUUGCUAUGAACCAUAACAUUUCCAUCGACGACCUCAUCGGAAAUGUAGACCCCAAGAAGUUCUAUCGGUACAUGGGCUCCCUGACCACCCCCGAUUGCAGUGAAGCCGUAGUUUGGACAGUCUUUCAAGAGCCGAUAGACGUCCACCAAAGUCUAGUCGAGCGGUUCCUCGCAAAGACGGGACUCGCCAACGUUCAUCGGACCACACAACCGCUUAACGGGCGGAGCGUGUUCGCUUCCGCUGCAACUUUCUUACCGUCCGGUCAUUCAUGGUGCCACAAGGAAGAAGCCUGUGAGUACGGUCCGUCUCGUUGGGCCGCUCUGCCUCACUCGUUCUGCGGCGGCGAGCGCCAGUCACCCGUCGACAUCGAGACUCAGGCCGCCGUCCUGGACGAGACGCUCGACGCCUUCUCUUACACGAAGUUUGACGACAGACAUGCCAUCUUGUACAUCACUAACACGAGCCACUCAGUGAAGUGUGUGCUGAAAGAUGACCUGGUGGAGGUCUCAGGUGGAGGUUUGGAGUACGUCUACUCCGCCCUUCAGUUCCACUUCCAUUGGGGUCAAAAGACCAACGGCUCGGAGCACAAAGUGGAUUCAAAGAGAUACCCGAUGGAGAUGCACAUAGUGACCAAGAGGAAGGACUUAACUCUGGAAGAGGCCCUAGAGACUCCAAACGGUCUGGCGGUGCUGGGAUUCUUCGUUGAGCCAAAGUUCGCCAACAACAGAACUUCAGAACAGGCAAUGAACGCCUGUUUUGUCUGCACACAUUUUGGAGUCGAGCGUUGCAUCGUGUGCAUUUGGGCUUCCCGCGCAGGCUCAGAGGUCAACUUCACGGACGAGAUCUCCAUCGACGACUUGCUGGACGUUAACCGAGUGGAGUACUACCGCUACGCCGGCUCCCUGACCACCCCUUCGUGCAAUGAAGCGGUGGCGUGGACUGUCUUCAAAGAAUCCGUCAAGGUGGAGGAAGAGCUGAUGAUGCUGUUUCCAGCUUAUGCAGGAUACGAAAACGUGUAUCGGCCGACGCAUCUCUCCAACAGGAUCGUCUACACCAACGCGGCAGCGUCCAGCGCCCCUGACGCCGUCGCGCUGCAGCUGCUCCUCGCGGGCCUCUGUGCCUUUUCGCACGCCGUGCUCAUGUGAGACACAUGGCUCAUCGGAGCUGCUGUGAAAAAGUACAACGCACCGAUUGGCAUUGUGUCACAGUUUGCUUAUCGUCUCGAUACUUUUUUACUCACUUGGAAGGUGGUGUUUCAUUUGGGAUCUUCUUUGACGUUCGUUUUGAGAAUGCGGCUGUGUAAUCUCAUAAUCACGUUCACAUCUCUACAUUUGCAUCGGAAUGUAACAGGUACUACUUGAUUAAAACUUAAACCUUCAACCAACAAUUACUCAAAGUUAUUCAAGACCAUUGUCAAUUAUGCUAAACCAAUAAUCACCACUGCAGAUGAUGCUAAAUGAAAAUAUAUAUAUUAUUGCAGUAAGCGUUCCAAUGAGCUUCAAUGAGUGGGUAAAUAAAUAGUUUAACCGGUAAUGUUUGAGUGUGAAGUUAUUUCCCCUGAUCAUGUCUCUGGAUAUGUACCAGUGUUAAUUUAGCAGCUUAAAGAUCACCUAAGGUGAGUCUGA